AAGAGAGCUAAAAUGCUAAAUUACGUCUCUGAGAACACGAUUACGGCAACUCUGCCGUUCAUGCUACGAAGUGCGAUAGUGCCUUUGGAUAUUACCCGAAAUUUGAAACAAGCUUGGCUAUACCAUGUAUCCCACAAUCACGGUUACGGUUACUAUUAUGGACAUUGACAUCAUCGAGAGGUCAUAGUAAAUCUAUAGUUAGUAUAAAGUAUCAUUCAGGGUCCAAACGACAUCUACAAUUAGCCUACCUUAACCCUGUGAAAUUUUCACAUCUUGACUAACAAGCAUCCAUCUCAAAGCCUACCAUAUAAUCGUACUACUUACUACGCACAGUACAACACAACCAUCAAAAUGGCCUCCAACCCUAACCCCGGCAACUUCGGCAACCGUCCUCACGGAGAAGUCGAAAACAUCGCCCGCAAGGGUGGCCAAUCUAGCCACUCGGGCGGAUUUGCCUCCAUGGACGAGGACAAGCAGCGCAACAUUGCCUCCAUGGGCGGCCAAGCCUCCAGUGGUAGCUUCCAGCCUGGCGAAGAACGGGCUCGGGAAGCCGGCCACAAGGGCGGAAUGUCUUCGGGAGGGAGCUUCGAGCCUGGAGAUAACCGGGCUAGGGAGGCUGGUCGAAAGGGAGGAUCGAGGACUGGUGGUGAUAUGCCGGAGGAGUAAUUCACAACAAAGUACUACUAUUACAUUAUUAUCUGCACUGUUGGGGGGAGAGUUUGUUAUGUGAUAGGGUCGAGUAGUAUGAUUAGUCAAGUAUAGGGUCAAUUGUAUUUAGAAUGGAAGCUAUGACGUCAAGUAUUGUUCCGAUUGAUACUAAGAUUCUGCAGCAUGGCACAAGUAUAGGAAGUGUAAUAAUUGCAAGGCCAGUA